AACACCAGGACACAAGACGAGUGGGGCAUCUUUGGGGGCUACAGUGGGCUCUCAAUGAUCACAUGCAGUGGCAGCGAAAGAGUUCGAGCCUCACUUCAAACAACUUCAUAAUAAGAGGCCGGAAAAGAGCUGUCAGCCAGUUACUACAGACACUCAACUCAGACACCUCCAGAGCAUUGGGAAAAGACUUGUGUUCUGCCAGAACUUAACCCAAACACACACAGAGAGCACCAUGAAGCCCUGGAUUCUUCUACUCAUCAUGUUCAUCUCUGGAGUUGUGAUACUUCUGCCUGUGCUGGGAAGCUUCUGCACCAAAGAUCCCUUUCUAGAUAUGAUAAGAGAAACCGAGCAGUGCUGGGUACAGCCUCCAUAUAAGUACUGUAAGAGAAGGUGUACUAAAAUAAUGACUUGUGUACGUCCAAAUCAUACAUGCUGCUGGACCUACUGUGGAAACAUCUGCUUAGACAAUGAAGAGCCCCUUAAAUCAAUGCUAAACCCCUAGGUUCUAUUGGCUGAUCACUACUGCGGGCUGAAGGAUGACCACCUGGUCUAAGAAGAGUGCUGCCUACUUCCUUCUUUGGACACCCACUGGCUCUAGCUGGUAACCUUUCUACUAUUUCCUUGACCUCUUUACCCUGAAUCUUUUGUCAAAUAAACUGCUACAUCAACCUGA